ACUUCUAGUUCACUUCGUUUCACAGACUCUGUGGACUUCAUCCGGAUUUUUUCUUCAGUCAUGAUUCGGGUUUCUUCGUCCGUGUUCGUGUUGCUGCUGUUUGUGCUCCAGGCUGUAGCUGUGGUGAGAGCCAACUCGGUAGACAAACUCAUAAGAAAAAGAAGACACUGGAUUACCCCACCAAAACUACUGCAUGAAAAUGAAGACUAUACCGAACUGGAAUCUAUUGCCAGGAUUCACUCAGAUUGGGAUGAUGGCAAAGGGAACCUUGUCUACUCCCUGAAAGGCAUUGGUGCGAGCCGACAUCCCUUCCAUGUGUUUGUAGUUAACCCUGAUACUGGACUGAUUCGUGUGACCAAAGUGCUUGACAGGGAGUCCAUCAGUAUGUACAAUCUGACAGGCGUUGCUAGAUUCAACAAUGGCAGUCAGGCGGAGGAAAACAUUGACAUACGUUUCAAGAUUGUAGACGAGAAUGACAAUGCUCCAGUGUUUGGAGACAUAAAGCCUGGGGAGGUGAAUGAGCUCAGUCCUAGAGGAACUUUAGUUAUGAAAGUCAAUGCAACUGAUGCUGAUGAACCAGGGAAUAACAAUUCUAUGAUUGCUUAUAGCAUCAUAGAGCAGAGGCCACCUGAUGACAUGUUCUACAUGGACCGUAAUGGGAACAUCUAUGUCAACAAGCUUGGGCUGGACAGAGAGAAAGAAGAUCAGUACAUUCUGCUGGUGAGAGGUCAAGACUCAAAUGGCCAGCCCGGGGGGAAAAGUGGAACCGGCACUGUUACCAUUAAUGUACUCGAUGUAAAUGAUAAUGUUCCCACUCUGGAAAAAGAUAAGUAUGAGGCAAGCAUUGAGGAGAACACAGAAGGUGUGGAGGUGAUGAGAAUCAAAGCAGAGGAUCUGGACCAGGACCACACAGACAACUGGGAAGCUGUGUUUGAUAUUGUCAAAGGCAAUGAGGCUGGGUACUUCAGCAUUAAAACAGACCCCGAGACCAAUGAGGGCAUCCUAAUGCUUGACAAGCCUGUGGAUUAUGAGGAUGUGAAAGACCUUGAACUAGGGCUAGCUGUAAAGAACAAGGCUCCACUGUUUGAUGGACCUGGGGUAAAUCCUGGAACUGGAGGGGCAGGGGCAGGGGCAGGAACAGGGGCAGGGACAGGGACAGGGACAGGAAGUGGAGGGAAACCAAGUGGAUCAGCUGGUGCCGGAGCUGGGUCUGGUGGAUUACCAAAGGGGAAAAAAGUUAAAACCUAUCCCAUCAAAAUCAAUGUGAAGAACCAGCCUGAGGGGCCACGUUUUGAUCCCAAAGUCAAAGCUAUUCCCAUCUCAGAAGGAGACUCCUUCGACUUUGAUGAUGUUAUUGCCAGCUACCCUGCAAUCGAUGGAGACACUGGAAAACCAGCUGAGAAUGUCAGGUAUGCCAAGGGCUCAGACCCUGACAACUGGUUCACCAUCGACCCAAAGACAGCUGAGAUCAGACUGAACAAGAUUCCUGACAGAGAAUCUCCAGUCCUGGUCAAUGGGACAUAUAUCGCGAAAGUACUCUGCAUAACAGACGAUAUGCCAGCUAAAACAGCCACCGGCACGAUAGCCAUCCAAGUGGAAGAUUUUAAUGACCACUGUCCUAUCCUAACGAGUAACACCCAGACAAUAUGUACCACAGCGGAUACUGUUAUUGUCAACGCUAAUGAUGAAGAUGUGUACCCUAAUGGACCUCCUUUUGACUUUGUCAUUGUCCCAGAAGGCACAAAGGGAAAAUGGCAAGUGGAUUAUCUCAAUGACACUGCAGCUAUCUUGAAGGCUCAGGAGUCCUUGUGGCCUGGUUUCUAUGAGGUGGAAUUUGUGGUGAGGGACCGGCAGGGACAGGCCUGUCCUGAUCCACAGAAAGUACAGAUAGAAGUUUGUACCUGUGCAGAUGGAGUGGUGUGUGAACAACAAACUGUCAGUGGCCAUUCCAGCAAGGGGGUGGAGUUAGGACCUGCAGCCAUUGGACUGCUGCUUCUGGGUCUGCUGCUGUUACUAAUCAUCCCUCUGUUGAUGCUCCUCUGCCAGUGUGGGGGCAUUUCCGGUUUUCCAGAUCUGUUUGCUGAGAUGCCUUUUGACACCAAGACACACCUCAUUAACUACCACACUGAGCGCCUGGGAGAGAACACGGAGGUACCACUACUGAACAUGCCAACACAAGUGGACGGAAAUAUGGUAACCAUGGGUGCUGCAAAGAAAACAGCAAUGGCACCUGUGGCAGGCUUGGAUUUCCAUCAGUCCAUCACCUCUGUGAAUGGCAUGAAUGGGGGCACCUUUCAAGAGGGUUUUUUAAGCACCCACAGAGAAGGAAUGUGGGGGAUGAAUCAGCAGGAUGGCAGUGGAUUCUUCUCUGAUUUUGAGAGCAGAGAAUCAGGAGGAGGUGGAGAAAUUUAUGACCUCAUAGCUCUGCCGGACCACUUACUGGAACAGUACUACAAUCAGGCCACCAGUGGAAAUGACAACCUUAGAUUCAAGGAUGAUCUUUUGAUGUAUGACUAUGAGGGCAAGGGCUCCUCUGCAGACUCAGUGGGCUGCUGCAGCCUUUUAGAAUCUGAAAAUGACCUGCAGUUCCUCGAUGACCUUGGACCGAAAUUUAAGACUCUUGCUGAGGUGUGUGGAGGCACAAAGAUCUCAACUGAGGUCAAACAAGUGUGCUCUCCUCCACCCAGCUCCUCUAUCCCCAGUACCCAGGCUUCAGUAUCAAAUUUGGUGAUGGCCCAACAGCUGCCCCCUUCACCGAAACUGCAACCAACUAUCCCCAAAACAGAGCAAGCUGUGGUCAGGAAGACAGCUGAGGGCUCUCAGUUGGUGAUGGAAAGCAUGGCCACAGUGAGAGAAGGGAUGACCACAGUCAAAACACUGAAGGAGAGGAUGGCCACAGACAAAACAGGCCUGGAAGGGAAAACAGGAAUGGUAAAUCAGAUGCUUCUAUUGCAGCAGCAGCAGCAGCAGCCUGUCUACUAUACCACCACCCCUGUGUUGCAGCCGAUGCACUAUGUUGUCCAGCCACAAGUUCAGAACACCAUGCUGGUGACUGAAGUACCAGCUACCAACCUUCCAGGUAUGGUACUGGUGGACAAUAAUGAGAUCCAUGGGAGCUGUGCCAACCUAAUCCACACUGGAAACUUCUCUGGUGUCCAUAGGAGCUGUGCCAACCUGAUCCACACUGGAAACGUUUCUAAUGUCCACGGGAGUUGUGCCAGCCUGAUCCACACUGGAAACUUUUCUAAUGUCCACGGGAGUUGUGCCAACCUGAUCCACACUGGAAACUUCCCCGAUGUCCACAGGAGCUGUGCCAACCUGGCUCACACUGGAACCUUCUCUGAUGUCUCCAGUUGCUGUGCCAACUUGAUUGAUACCAGGAACGUCUCUGAUGUUCAUAGGAGCUGUGCCAACCUGAUCUACUCUGGAAACCUACCUGGUGUCCAUGGGAGCUGUGCCAAUCUAAUCCACAAUGGAAACUUUUAUGGUGCCCAGCCCAUGAUGGUUGUUGAGGGCAAGGCCCCUGCAGGGUCAAUGAAAGUGCGAAAGGGGAGCCAAACCUGCCUUAUUCAAGGAGGUACUCUACAGUGUGCAGAGCUUUCAGGAUCUCAGAGAGUCAAGGUGGUCAGAGAACCAACAAGCAGCAGAGGGAAGGUGGUUGAGCAGGCAGGUCUAUCCCAGAAGAGGUCUUCAGCUUACAAAGAGUUCCCUCCAGCAAGGGAAGGCCAUCCAUUGUCUGUCAGAGCAGCAAGUAUGCCUUUUCUACCACCAGCGUGAGCACAAUCACCACCUACCUCAAGGUGGUAAUGCAGAAGAAAUGUAGUGAAUCCGAAUGUGUAAAAAGACCCAUUUAAUGCAGUUCAAACUUUUGGCAAGGCAAUCUUUUUAUUCGGUUUUGUGACAGACACUCUCCAUGUGCAUGUUUGUUUAUUUGUGGAGGAUGUGCUGCUGCAUAUUUACACUACAGCUUCCACUUGACACGAACAUUCAGUUAAACAGCCUCUCAUGAUAUAUGAAUAUAUAUAUUUAUAUAUUCUCUCAACAUAUGAAGCAUUAGUUAUAAGCAUUCAACAAAUAUUACAUUAAAUAAGCAUUAUUUGUGAACUGGCACAACAUUUUUAAAUUGUACCGACCAUUAAUGUAACUGAUAAACUGACCUUUCUAGGACCAGCAUUAGGUCAAGAUUUUAAUGUGUCCAAUACAAAUUUAAACAUAUUCUAGUCAGCCUCAGCUGUACUUUCUAUUUACUGCCUAUUAAGAUAUGGUAGUAUGUUAACACACUGACCAAAUGCUGAUGACAAAGCUCAACAUGCCAACAUUUUUGCGAUCAGGUUAGCAGGGUAAUUUUACCAAAUGCCUCUGAGUAAAUAGGAGUGAUUGUCACAGUAGUUGCCGCGUGGCGAUACCAGUGUUUUGCAAUUUGAAUAGCCAAAAGCAGGCCCCAACCCAUCACGGCUCCAGACCACCACAAAUCCUACCAGUCAGCAGAAAGCAGAUUUUAUAACCCCUAACCUCCAAACCCUCCACCUUAAUAUCAUCAUGUAACUAAAUAGAGCAUAUUGAGCUUUAAUUACAGGAAAAUGUUAGCAAAAAUGUGACAGGGCACAGAAGGUAGAGAAGUUUUGCACCUAGUAUAAAAAGGGUUGGUAAUUGUCCCAGUACCAAUAAUCCACCUGUGAAGCAGAUGUUUCAUUUCAUUAAAAAUGGUUCCCUUUUUGUCUUUUUGUUGUUGGUGGUGGUGGUUUAAA